UCACUUUACGGCAGAUGCACUCAAUCUUAUACCGCCGCGCCUUGUCGAAAUUCAGCCGGCCGUGGUGACUACCGGGAUGUCGCGGGGAACCACGAACACAAGAAACGAAGGCUCCCGACCUCGACGCCCACACUAGCAACCUCUGCGGUGGGUGGCAGAAGAUUCAAGGCCAUAUUUGAGCCUCCUUUUCUUUUUAAAAGCUACACCGACGCCCUAGGAGAGGCUACCAGUGGCGGCUCGACUGACCAGCCGCGGCCGUUUGACAGGUGCCGUUGCCCGGCUCUGCGUGAGAAGAUGCCGCCCGUCCAGAGAACCAUGUCGGAUCUUCGAACGCGGGCGGACGGGUAUGAAAAAACAGAGGACGCUUCAGAAAGGACAUCGUUAGCGGACCAAGAAGAUGCUCGACUGAUUUACCUUAACCAACCACAGUUUACAAAGUUUUGCAGUAACCGGGUCAGUACGGCCAAAUACAAUGUCCUCACCUUUCUUCCGAGAUUCCUCUACUCGCAGUUCAGGAGGGCAGCCAAUGCUUUUUUCCUCUUCAUUGCACUCUUACAGCAAAUCCCAGAUGUGUCUCCCACUGGUCGCUGGACAACGUUGGUGCCGCUGCUUUUUAUUCUAGUUGUGGCAGCUGUGAAGGAAGUCAUUGAGGAUCUGAAACGCCACAAGGCUGACAGUGUUGUCAACAAAAAGGAAUGUCAAGUGUUGAGAAAUGGUGCCUGGGAGAUUGUGCAUUGGGAAAAGGUGACUGUUGGGGAAGUAGUCAGAGCUGCCAACGGCGAUCACCUCCCAGCUGACCUCGUCAUACUGUCAUCCAGUGAACCGCAGGGAAUGUGCUACAUUGAAACAUCUAAUCUGGAUGGCGAAACUAACCUUAAAAUCAGACAGGGUCUCCAAAUGACGUCUGAGUUGAAGGACAUCGAGAGCCUAAUGCAUCUCUCAGGGAAGAUGGAGUGCGAGUGCCCAAACCGUCAUCUGUAUGAGUUUGUGGGGAACAUACGAUUGGAUGGACACAGCACAGUGCCGCUUGGUCCGGACCAGAUCUUACUAAGAGGAGCCCAGCUACGGAAUACACAGUGGGUCCAUGGUGUGGUGGUCUAUACGGGUCAUGACACAAAGCUUAUGCAGAACUCCACUCGUCCGCCUCUGAAAUUGUCCAAUGUUGAGCGCAUCACCAACUUUCAGAUUCUUGUCCUUUUUGGCUGCCUGCUGGCCAUCUCACUGGUUUGCUCCGUGGGCCAAACCAUCUGGAAGUACCGGUGCGGCAAUGACGCCUGGUACAUGGACCUCAACUAUGGUGGGGCGGCGAACUUUGGCCUGAACUUCCUUACCUUCAUCAUCCUGUUUAACAAUCUCAUCCCCAUCAGCCUUCUGGUUACAUUGGAGGUCAUCAAGUUCAUCCAGGCCUUCUUCAUCAAUUGGGACACUGAUAUGGUAUAUGAGCCUACAAACACACCUGCUAUGGCUCGCACCUCCAACCUGAAUGAAGAGUUGGGCCAGGUGAAAUAUAUAUUCUCUGACAAGACGGGCACGCUGACCUGCAAUGUCAUGCAGUUUAAGAAGUGCACAAUUGCUGGAGUUGCCUAUGGUCACAUACCAGAGGCUGACGAGGGUAGUUUUGCUGAGGAUGACGGGCACAGCUCACACUCCUCAGAGGAGUUAGGCUUUAUUGACCCAAGCUUGCUGGAAAACCUCCAAAGUAAUCAUCCUACAGCUGCUGUCAUCCUUGAGUUCAUGACCAUGAUGGCCACCUGUCACACCGCAGUCCCCGAGCGCAACAACGGAAAAAUCACCUACCAGGCAGCGUCCCCAGAUGAAGGUGCUCUGGUGAGAGCUGCACGGAAUCUGGGUUUUGUGUUCUCUGGUAGAACACCAAACAGUGUCAUUGUGGAAAUGAUGGGAAGCGAGGAGAAGUAUGAGCUGCUUCACGUCCUGGAGUUUACAAGUGUGAGGAAGAGGAUGUCCGUCAUCAUGCGCACACCAUCCGGAAAGAUCCGCCUCUACUGCAAAGGAGCUGACACGGUGAUCUAUGAUAGACUUGCAGACAGCUCUCGCUACAAAGAGAUCACUUUGAAACAUUUGGAACAGUUUGCCACUGAGGGGUUGCGCACGUUGUGCUUCGCGGUGGCAGACAUCAGCGAGUCAUCCUAUCAGCAGUGGCUGGAGGUACACCACCGAGCCUGCACUUCACUGCAGAACCGAGCCCUUAAGAUGGAGGAGAGCUACGAACUUAUCGAGAGGAACCUGCAGUUGUUGGGGGCCACCGCUAUCGAAGACAAGCUGCAGGAUAAGGUGCCUGAGACCAUAGAGACACUGACGAAAGCCGACAUCAAGAUCUGGAUCCUUACGGGAGACAAACAGGAAACGGCCAUCAACAUUGGACAUUCCUGCAAACUUCUGACUAAGAACAUGGGCAUGCUAGUGAUAAAUGAGGACACACUUGAUAGAACAAGAGAGACGCUUAGCCACCACUGCAGCAUGCUGGGAGAUGCGCUCUACAAAGAAAAUGACUUUGCACUUAUCAUUGAUGGAAAGACGCUCAAAUACGCCCUCACCUUUGGAGUGCGACAGUACUUCUUGGACCUGGCCUUGUCCUGCAAGGCCGUGAUCUGUUGCAGAGUGUCUCCUCUGCAGAAGUCGGAGGUAGUGGAGAUGGUGAAAAAGCAGGUGAAGGUUAUCACGCUGGCCAUUGGUGAUGGCGCCAACGAUGUCGGGAUGAUUCAGACAGCACAUGUUGGUGUGGGAAUUUCAGGCAACGAGGGCCUGCAGGCAGCCAACUCUUCUGACUACUCCAUUGCUCAGUUCAAAUACUUGAAGAAUCUGCUGCUGGUCCACGGAGCUUGGAAUUACAACCGUGUGGCCAAAUGUAUCCUGUACUGCUUCUACAAAAAUAUUGUCCUUUACAUCAUAGAGAUCUGGUUUGCGUUUGUCAAUGGCUUCUCGGGUCAGAUUCUGUUUGAGCGCUGGUGCAUCGGCUUGUACAACGUGAUCUUCACUGCCCUCCCUCCCCUCACUCUGGGAAUAUUUGAGCGCUCCUGUCGAAAAGAAAACAUGCUGAAGUACCCGGAGCUCUACAAAAGCUCCCAGAAUGCAAUGGGAUUCAACACCAAGGUUUUCUGGGCUCAUUGUAUGAAUGGCCUCUUCCAUUCCGUCAUCCUCUUUUGGUUCCCUCUCAAAGCCUUCCAGCACGAUACAGUGUUUGGCAAUGGAAGAACUCCUGACUAUCUCCUCUUAGGAAAUAUGGUAUACACAUUUGUGGUCAUCACAGUUUGCCUUAAAGCAGGCCUGGAAACCUCAUCCUGGACUAUGUUCAGUCAUAUCGCCAUCUGGGGCAGCAUUUGCCUGUGGGUGGUGUUCUUCGUCAUCUAUUCGUCCCUCUGGCCCCUCAUCCCUUUGGCACCCGACAUGUCAGGCGAGCCAGUGUCCCAUCCUGUAGAAAGCGGCUUGAGCUGGGCGGAGAUGAUGUUCUCUUCAGGGGUCUUCUGGACGGGCCUGGUCUUCAUCCCUAUCACCUCGCUGGUCUUUGACGUGGCCUACAAAGUAGUGAAGAAACUGUUUUUCAAGACACUGGUGGAUGAGGUUCAGGAGCUGGAGGCACUAUCCAAAGAUCCCGGAGCUGUAGUGCACGGGAAAAGCUUGACGGAGAGGGCCCAGCUCCUGAAAAACGUCUUCAAGAAGAGUACCGUGAGUCUGUAUCGCUCCGAGUCCAUGCAGCAGAACCUGUUACACGGCUACGCCUUUUCUCAAGACGAGAACGGAGCGGUAUCGCAGUCGGAGGUGAUCCGAGCGUACGACACCACCAAGCAGCGGAGCCGAGAGUGGUGAGCGAUGGGCAUUCCAAAGUCGCGAAAGCUCUUCCCGCGUCUUUUUGGAAUUUUUGAGGACUCGUCACGUGACUGCAGACAGACAAGAAUGGAAUCACAUAUUGUUUUGCGAAAGGGAACAAAUUCAUUGUGUUUUAUUAUCGAGCACGGUGCUUUUUUUUUUUUUUUUUUUUUUUUUUUUGGGCAAACCUGAGCAAAGCUUCUCCUCUGUCUUUAUUUAACAAUAAAAGAAAAAAAAAGAUAUUAGCACGAUACCAAAACAACUAAAAUCAUUGCGGCGAAUUAAAAUCUGUUAAUUGUGAAGUUAAUCAGUCCUUGGAGCCAAGAUUUUAAGUGGCGUCAGAUUCCCAAAGACCAGUCGUGAAUACAAUCUUCCAAGUACUCGUGAAUUCAGACCGUGUCGUGAGCACCACUCUCCUUUCGUUUCCUGUUGUUUUUUGGUAUUGUUUUUGUUUUUCUGCACUGAAGGAAAUGUCGUGUGUAAAAAGCCUUACAUUUUGUUAUGCCUUCACAAAACAAAUCCUUUUUAGUUCUUCACAUAAUGUAGACACUGUGCCUGCUUUUAUUUUGUGGCCUAGGCUGAUUUCCACCUUUUUGACACGUCGUUUCUCUACACACCCCCACCCCCUCCACCCAUGCCCCUGCCCUCCUCCCGAUGGAUGACAACAUUCCAUAUGUCAGAAUCACAAAGGUGCCUACGUUUCCAUCCCGGAGGAACGAGCUCGCGUCACAGCUAGCUUUCGGUCGAGGCACACACGAAAAACAAAAAAAGAACCAAAAAAAAAAGAGAGAGAGGUAUAGAUAUUGAUAUACAGAUAGUUAUUCCUGACAGUGGUGAUCGUGUUUCCCUGAUAACCGAGAUUUGAAUCCCCUUCCGACAUAAGUGCCAUUAGCUUCGAAGAGAGAACUAUUUCCCAGGAAACUCCAUGCCAGUAUCAAAACAACUUUUGUCUCUCGAAUUAUUCUUUUGUGGAUUUGUAUUUUUAUAUUUGGAGAUGUACACACAUUUUGCAUUGACCGGCUUUAUAAAAUGAAUUGUCUGCAAAUUUUGUCCACCGCCGUGGACGGAGCGAUUGAGGACACAGAGCUUUCUUAAAUGUCUCAUUGUGUAACCUUAAUAUUGUUACCACUUGAUUUAUUUAUAAUUGGAUGGAAUACUUCAUGUCUGUGCGAUGGCUUUCUUCUCCCUAUGGGAGAUACGACUUUUGACUGUGGUGUGCGUGUGUUGGGUUCAUGCUUGCAUGUGCACGUGAUGUACGACGUGUUUCCUACUGUGUGUGUGUGUGUGUGUGUAUGUGUAUCACCUACCGUGUUAGCUUGAUUAUGCGUUGCAUGUCUGUCUUCUACGCAGGAAUAUUAAAGCCUCACUGAAAAGUACCGUUAAAAGAAUACAUUUGGGUUUGUUUUAAGAAAAAAAAAGUCCUAAUGCAAAAAUACAGGAGUCCCAUUCUUAAGCCAGGUGGUCACCCUAUUCCAUCACAAACGUAUGCUGGCACAAUAAGAAAUUUAUAAUGGCAGUAAAUAUUAAUGUGAAAAACACCUCAAAGAAAAUCUGCCGGUAUGGCGUUAAGUGAGCAUGACGUCAUAUUGUUACACUGCACAAACAAGUUUAUUACAUACACCCCUCUCACCUCCCCCCAAACCUCUUAUGUCUUGAGCUGAGGAUGGGUUUAGAAAGUCUUUUUUUUUUGUUGUUGUUUUUUUUUUUAUUGGGAAAAAUGUAGCAACGUUUCAAGACUAAAAUUCUGUUGUUUUUGAAGAUUAAAAGUCAUAAAAUUACAGAAUAAAGUCAUUUUACAGGAGGAAAAGAAUGCAGAUAAUUAGAAAAAUAGAAAAGUAAUUAAUAAAGUUGUAAUAUUGCAAGAAAAGAAAGUCAAAAUAUUGCAAGAAAAGGUUGUUCCAUGGUGAGAAUAAAGUUCAAAUGUUUUGAGAAUGUAAUAGUGAUAUCUCAGGAAUAAAGUUGUAAUACUCUUUCAUUUGUUACAUUAAAAUUGUCCUUGUGUUACAAAAAUAACUUUGGAAAGACAUUAUAAUGUCAAAACUUCCAUGCAUUUUUUUUUUUUUUUUGGUAUAAUUUUACAUGUAAUGAAAAUUCCUAAAUCCUGGCCGUGUUUGUGCCUGCGUGGGUUUUUAUCCGGGCACUUCGGUUUCUUCCCACAUCCCCCCCCAAAAAAAAUUCUACAUUCAUUGGAGACUCUAAAUUGCACCUAGGUGAAGUUGUAGUUGCGAAUCCUUGUUUAAUUUGUAUGUGCCCUGCGAUUGGCUGGCGAUCAGUUCAGGGUGUAUUGGCUCCAGCACGGCAUGAGUCAUUGUGAGGAUAAGCGGCUCAGAAAAUGGAAGGGUGAAUAUGCAGUUAUAAUAUUGUUUUUGAGGAAAAAGCCAUAACUUUACAGAAUAAAGUUGCAUACCAUGAGGAAAAAAUCUGAAUGAUUCAAGAGUGUUCGAAAAAAAUGAAAUAAAAGCGGCUUAUAAAUAUGACUUUAUUUCCAUAAAAUUGCAACUGGUAAAAUUUCAACAGUAAAAACAUAUUUUUGUUCCGUAAUAUCCUGGCUUUUGUAAAAUGUUGAACAUGUAGAAUGUUUCAUCGUAAUGAUGACUUCAUCCUAGUGACUUCAAAGUGACUGGCAUAAAUUUCGCACUUUCUUUGGUUCACAUUUUUCUUUUCAGCGUGGCCCUAAGACUUCUUCGUAAGAUUGCAAGUUCCUUUCCCCUGAUGUGUCGCUUGAGUACAAACGUUUGUAUUUCGCUAAAUGUGUGCGUUCGAUGCUAGUCCUUGUGUCCUCCUCCACAUGCACGAGUGCAGUUUCCGUCCCGUCGCUCCGUCAUCCCCCCACGUGCUGAUGCAUGGCCCUCGUGUGUGCGAUUGUUUGUUUGUAUUGUGGAAUUUCGAAACUGGAUCAGAGUUUCUGAUGCUCCAUUGGCUUUGACAGGAAAUGUUGCACAAUGCACUCUCGAUGUAACUUUUUUUUUUUUUUUCGGUUCUGAACGUUACUGUUCCUGUCCCAUUUUUGCCGUUUAUUAUAUCUGUGACUCGCUUCACCAGAAAAGCUUGAAAUGCUUUGAAGUUGUCAAAUGUACUUUGAAUGUGGAUGUUGUCAUUUUUUUUCUUUCUUUUCAAAUCUACCGCUGCAUGAGAGGAUAACACAAAACGGUUAAAAAAAAAAAUACUUUCCUUUGUAUUUUGAGUUUCAUGAUUGUUGUGCAUGUUGGGACUGCAAAUGUAUAAGUGUUGUCUUUUAUGGUCCGCGGAGGAAAUAAACUUUAAAUUCAUGGAGGAGCAUCUCCCAACGAUUUAGUUUUUGACUUUUUUUUUUUUUUUGGAUUAUGUACGGGCAGUCCAAUGGUGACAGGCAGGAUAUUCAGGACUAAACAGGAAAAGGCGGACGAUGUUUACAAAGUUUCCAGCGGUUGGGGACGGCCCCGAAUAUUUCCGUUACACCAAUAAACAUUCAGAUGUUCAAUUAGAUGUUAUAUUAAAUGAGGUGAGAUUUUUGCUUUUUUUCAAUUUUUUUUUUUUUUCCAAUGAAGACCCUUUUGCCCUAUGUUGUCCUGUCUUUGAUGAUUAAUAUGAAUUUAUGCAAAUCAUGGUCCUUGUAAAUGAAGCACGGAAGCCAUUUUCGGUGUUUAGAAUGUCCACUGAGAGUUGCGCCAAAUCAUUGACAAAAUGAUGCAUCAAUUAAAU